AAAAAUAAAAGAGUCUCAACAAAAUAGCAAGCACGAGGGCUAAAACAUUGGAAGUUUAAGGCCCAGAGGUACUGUUUUCCAGCUGCCCCGAAAUUGAGGAACUCGCUAACGCAAUCGAGAAUCUGCUGCUUCAACGGCUCCUCUCUCUCCUUAGAGGCCGAAAAGGAAACCUAUUCUCUUGAUCACAGACACACAGAGAUGAAGAUCUCCCUCAGGUUUCAAGAAGACCAACCAGAGUUCCAAAACCAGCAAAACCCACUGAUAAAGGCAAAGGUACCUCUAACCAUCUUCAACCAACCUUUUACUUCUUCCAUUGCCACCGUCCCCUCCACCACCACAUCCACCUCCAUGCCCACCAAAUCUUCUUCUCACCUCUCGUUUUCUCUCUCAUCCAAUUUCUCUUCAGGGCCAUCUGUCAAACUUUCUUACUCUCACACCUCCACCACACCCUCUCCUUUCUCUCUCUCCCUCAAGUCUGGUCUUGGCCUCUUUGGCUCCCCAAAAAACUCCCCUCUUGUUUUCACUGCCAAUUUCUCUCUCUCCCACACAAACCCCAGUUUCUCUCUCCACAUCAAGCCCCAAUUUGGCAACUUUUCCCUAAAACAAACCGCAUUUUCAGACCCUAAUUUUAAACAGAUUUCUGGGUCUGCCUCCAAUGUUGGUGCCCAUUUGGAUUCUGGGUUUGUCUCUGAAGGGUCAUCUGUUUGGCAGGAGCUUAGGUUGGAGCCUUGCGGUGGCAAAAAUGGGGCUGUGAACAGUGAAUUUAGGGAUAAUUGUGGAGCUCAUUUGAAUGGUGGGUCUGUGGCAGAGAAGCCAUUGGCUUGGAAAAAUGGUGGGAAAGAUGGGCUUUUUUCUGGAAUUGCUGUGAUGGCAAGGACUGUGUUGCCAGUGACAAAAAGUGUGGUGGUGAAUAUGCGAUGGGGUGUGAAUCUUCCACCCAAGUUUGGCAAAGCAAUGCCGUAUUUAACACUUAAUAAAAUCGGUAUUGAGAGAGUUGAGGAGGUAAAGGCAGAGGAGGAGAAGGGUACUGAUAGUAGUAAUGUGGGUGAUUUGGAAUUGUUAAAGGGGAUGUGCUUUUGGAUGAGAAGGGAUUUGGAGGUCAUGGAGAAGGAAAAUAAGGAGAUGAAGCACAGGUUGGAGGAGAUGAAGUCGGGAGUUUCUAGGAAGCAUUUUAGAGGGGAGAGUGAUUCUGUUGGGAAGAGAGUUUCACCUCCUUUGGAUGAGACUUCUGGCGGGUUCGAACAGUGGAGAAACAAGAAGAAAGUCAGAGAAGAGAAUGCGAGAACGGAGGCAAAAAAGUCCACCGAUUCUGCUAGUGAUUUGGAAUCUGAAUUGCAGAGAGCUAUCAAGGCUGCUACCAUUUAGCAAGCGACUCCAGCAGCGAAGUAGGGAUCAUACUUUCGGCCCCCAAUGAUCCGGACAGUGCACCUGAGUGGUUUCAAGGGUGGCUUGGCAGCGCUCGGCACAAUUUAUUAUUAUUAUUCUUUAGAGGGAGAUCACAGUCACAUAACCGUGUAGCUUUAGUUAUGGCCUAGGAGAACAAAAGAAACUUUUUAUCAAUGCGUACGUACGCAUUUACAUUUCCCCAUUAACACAUUCGAGUGUUGCAUCUAUACAUACAAUUCCUUUGCAGUCGGCCACACUCGAACGUUUCCCAUUUUCAUUUUGUUGUAUGAUUCCAAUCGAGUCAUCAAUAAUAUAGGCCACUUGGCAU